UCUUAACUCUAUUGAUAAUAUAAAUGCUGAUUGGCCCGGAGGAAGUUUUGUUUAUUUGUAAGAAAUUGCUCAAUGAUAUCAUAAGGAGGCUGGUGGAGGCGAAGAACGGCAGGAACGCCAAGCUGACGGAGGUCGAGAUACGGCAGCUUUGCACCGUCUCCAGGGAAGUCAUUCUUAGCCAGCCCAAUCUAUUAGAGCUCCAAGCUCCUAUCAAAAUUUGUGGAACAUGUGAAUACUUGAGAAGAGUUCAAUCAAUUGACCUUUUAAGUUUUAACUUCUCUUUCGGGGUGGGAGGGGUUAAUCAGUCUCCAAAGGUGUGAAUGAUAAGAUCUAAAGCGCACAUGGGGUUGCUCUGUUCUCCAUUUCAUUUCCAAGCUGUCCAGAGUCGAAUCAAUUUACGCCGCCUGCCAUAGCUUCAACACAGUGGUAGGCUUUUCAAACAAAAGAAGUUUAAAGUAAAAAAUUACUUCCAACGAACAACAAUGCCAGAAGAGCUGAGGCAUUAAGUUAUGAAUUGUAACUCGAAGGUCAUAUUUGUUGUUUCUUCUUUAAACAUGUAAAAUUGAAUUGUGACCUCAAUUGUUGAAUCGUAAGUGGCGUAGGAUCAAUUUUAGUUCUCUCCAUCUCUGACGUAGGUUCUAUCCACUCAUGAGGAUGGGGAACAUACUGGCUUCUAUGGAAGCUAAGCCUGGAUAUGCAGCAUUGAUGAUUGAUUUCAACAUAUCAAAGAAUACAGUACAUUCUCCUGAAGAAAAAAUAGUAAGCAUUCUCAUUUUUCAGUUUAAAUAGAUUUGCUGUAUGAGUAUCAUUGUCUCUGAUCAAGCCAUUAUGUGCUUCCUCUGUAUUUGUUGAUUAUUAUAGUUGAUUUAUAUUUUCUUUCUUUUUUUUGACUAUCAAACUAGGCUUUCAUUAAUUGGACAGAACCAGGAAUUUGCUAUAGUUAUGAACCAAUUGAGCACGUAUUUGUUUUUGGCCAUCAAUUGAGCAGGAUUAGUGGUUAGCUGGGGAACAAAAACAUAUAACUCUUUUUCUUUGGCACAAAAGUAAACACAUGGAACCAUGUCAUCAUUGUGACUUUUGAA